UAUGAUAAUAAAUUAUGCUACAUGCGCAUAGAUAAUCGAAGAUGUGGUUUCGUUAAUCUUUGGUGGUACUUUUAGCAGUGGAUCAUGUGGUACAAGAGAGUAAAACGAGGGUGGUUCUUUCGUUUUACGAGUAAAUUUGACAAUGCGCAUGCCUGUUAUCGAUCGCUAAUCACUAUGGUUACGCCUCGGGAUAGAGGUACGACAGCGACUACGACGGUGACGACGACGGCGACGACGGCGACGACGACGACGACGACGACGACGGCGACAACGACGGUGACAGCGAUCACCCUGCAUUUGUUUCACGCGAUUAUGUCAGGGGCAAGCUGAUAAACUUUUGAACACCUGCAAUGAUGUGACAAUAAAGGUAUAUUCUCCUACAUCCUUUCUCAUAUCGCGGGGUAUUGUCCCUGUUAUACAGUGCUUCCCAGAAUAGAACAAGAGAAUGAAAUAAAAAUUAUCAUCAACUAAAUCGAUGAUUAAUGAAAACGGUGCCAAACGUCGAUAGACAAGCCAAUCAACGUGAAUAUACAGCAUCUUGAUAUUCCGAUAAACAUCGAUAAUUAGGGAGCAGAAAAGGAACAACAAGAAUAAGAAGAAACGAGGGGUUGACCACUGAUUGCAAAACGCACACAACAGAACAGGUUGAUUAAGAUCAAAUCUUAACGAAGGAAAACACAAACAGACAAGGAAAGCACAAAGAAGGGAGAAAUAGUGGUAGUUGUUGAAAAAACAGUAAAUUGAUUAUUCAAAGGUUGCGUGAAAGAAGGAAGGAUUACAGGUGGUAUAAGAGAAUAACAAGAAUAGAAUGGGCAAUAAGUUGUCUUGCAGUUGUGCUCCUCUUAUCAGAAAGGCUUAUCGUUACGAGGAUUCACCAUGGCAGGCUGGCGCGAGGGGCGGAAUGGGCGGCAGCGGAGGUCGCAGGGGUGACACUGGCCACUUGCUCAGACUGUGGGCCGAAGUGUUCCAUGUAAGUGCCAGUGGAGCAGGGACUGUAAAGUGGCAGCAGGUCUCCGAGGAUUUAGUUCCUGUAAAUAUCACAUGCAUUCAAGAUUCGCCAGAAUGUAUUUUCCAUAUUACCGCAUACAACAGUCAGGUGGACAAAAUUUUGGAUGUACGAUUAGUUCAACCAGGUACACGUAUUGGGCAAGCAUCAGAGUGUUUUGUUUACUGGAAAGAUACAAUGACCAACGAUACCUGGGGAUUGAAUUUUACUUCUCCGAUAGAUGCUAAACAAUUCAGAGAAUGUUGCUCACCGUCGUUCAAGAUUUCAAGGAAAGCGUCCUCUUCUUACUCGUUGAAGCUUGAGCCACCUAACAAACAAAAGAUCAAAACCCGGAGAAAGCCCUUAUCGACACCGGCAUCACCGAGUAGAUCCAAGGAGCCUCAAUGCACUUGCAUGACCCCAGAACAACUUGCCAGGUUUCGAAGCCACGAAGCUAGAUAUCGAGGCUUUUGUGGUACUUCUACGCUUCCGCGAACUAUGGCACGAUCCACGGAAGUUGAGAUGACACCAGCUCGUGAUAAAAUAACUGCAGCAACAUCCAGUGCGUCCCUCUACGACAACGUUAACAAUGCGAAUGUAACGCCAGGAAAAACACCGAAAACAGGCGAAUCAAAGCAAAAAGAGAAACAAAAUGAAACCUGUCAAACUACACCAAAGACGGCAAACGUAGGAAUCGAAACAGUCACCGUUGGAUCACAGAUCGAUAGCCCGGAAGAAAAAGGCGCCGCAGUUUCUCCGAAGAAAGGCCAGAAGCAAAGUCAAGAUUCGUCUACUCAACAAAAUAGUACUGAAAUGCUAAAAUCAGAGGGUACACAAGCCGGUGGUACUUUACAAAAUAAAUCUUUACGAAAAGAGCAAUUACAUCAUACAAAGUCUGCUGAUUAUACAGACUUGGAAAUGCAAAAUGGCAAUAUUUUCAAUAUAGUGAACAAUAAUCACAGUGGAAAGAAAUCAAAAAGCAAGAGUACGGAUGAUAUGAGGAUUGAAAAUGCACAAAAUGGUGGAAUUAGUUUAGAUUCGAAUACCUUGAAAAGAAUGCUGAAACCAAUGUCGAGUAUCGAUAGUCCCGUUACAUCCCCAGAGAUGACCAGAAAGAGGCACAGCCAUCAUAAUUAUCAUUACCACCCAAGCAAUAACAAUCAGAAAUACGUCAUGCAAGAGACUGAAAAUGAAAAUUGUGCGCAUUUAUAUCGAGCACCAUAUAAUAACAAGUUCCAGGCAUCUAGAAGCGUGCAUGACAUGGGACGUCAGUACACUG